AUGGCUCCUGGACUUUUGCCUGCCACCCUUCCUCUGUGUUUGUGUCUGCUGCUGGCAUCUGGCUCUGCCCAGGCAGGCAAGCUGCUAGUGGUGCCCAUGGAUGGCAUCCACUGGUUUACCAUGUGGUCAGUUGUGGAGACACUACUCCACAGAAGACAUGAGGUGGUUGCUGUCAUGCCAAGGGUGAGUUGGCAACUGGGACAGUCAUUGAAUUUUACCAUGAAGACUUAUUUAACUUCUUACACUAUGGAGGAGUUGCAACAUGUGUUCAAAGUUUUCGCUGAGACUCAAAUGAAAAAUCCGGACAAAUGUUUAUUGUCUACAUUAUUUGGUUCAUCCAAUGGUUUUUUUGAACUACAUUUUACCCAUUGUAGGRGUUUGUUUAAUGACAAGAAGUUAGUAGAAUACUUACAGGAGAGCUCUUUUGAUGCAGUGUUUAUGGAUGCUUUUGAUAUGCGAGUGUGGUCUAAUUAUUGCCAAGUAUUUUCACUCCCAUCUGUGGUCUUCACCAGGGGAGUGUUCUGCCAUUACCAUGAAGGAGGUGCUCAGUGCCCCAGUCCUCUGUCCUACAUUCCCAGACUUUAUUUUGUGUACUCAGAUGCCAUGACUUUCAAGGAGAGAGUAGAGAGCCUUAUAAACCACUUGGGGGAGCGUUUAUUUUGCUCAUAUUUUUUGAAAACCACCUUGGAAAGCGCCUCUGAUUUUCUCCAAGCCCCUGUCACACCAUAUGAUCUCUUCAGCCAAGUAACCAUUUGGUUGCUGCGUACUGACUUUGUUUUAGACUAUCCCAGACCUGUGAUGCCCAACAUGAUCUUCAUUGGUGGAAUCAACUGCCACCAGGGGAAGCCACUGGCCAAGGAGGCCCUGCCUGUGCUUUUGCCCUCUGCCCUGGGGUGA